AUAUGCAAUUUAACGGUACUUUGGCAGUCUGAUAUUCUCCCGAGGAUGGAGGAACAUUUGCCUGGCAUUUGAACAUGAUGGAUAUGCACAAACACCAAAAAAACCAUGACUUAUCUAUAUGAAUGGCAUGAACAGUAUCUUCUGAGUCUGGAAGGACUAUUGUUUAUGUUUCUACUUUGCUUUUCCUUUACUUAUACCAUCUGUGGCCGGAAGCUGAGAUUGGCUUCGUCGGUCCUGCUCAACAAGGUGCUAGGCGUUUCUGGUUCGGGUUUCCCAGUAUUUUCAAACAUCACGUCUCCAAGAAUUAUGUCGAUAUUUGCUUUUAGGGUUGUUUUGUUCUGUUCUUCCCUCCGCACAUUAUUUUCGGCAGAUUCUAUGUUUUUUGACAGUUUUCGAUUUUCGACUUUAUAUUGUUGUCUGUUUUUUUAUAUCGAGGAUACCAUUUAUUUGAUUGCUUUCAGUUUUUGACAUAACAUCUUUUAUUGGACGAUUGUGGAUGACUGUCCCAACAAUUUUUCUGGAGAUUCAUAUUCUUAUCUUUUUUCUCUCUUUUUUCUCCCUAUUUCUUUCUUUUAUUUUCCUCAUACCUUUCUCUUUUCCCGGUACGAGUUCAACUAUAAUUUUUUUUUGGAAAGUUGGGAUGAUUUUUAGUUCGAAGAUCAUUAA